AUGUCCGUCCUCUUCUUUCUCCUCUUGUUGUAUGCUUUGUACAUCGCGUCGAUUCCUUUUCGCGUGAGCACCAGCCUGAAGCCCGCCCAGCAGCUGAACCGCUCCCUAAGUCGAAGGAGCAUCAUCAGUCUCACCCACUUCGCUCGCUGCCGACUGUCUCCGCUCCCUCCCGCUUGGGCCGCCGUCGCGUCCCUCGCUGGCCGGGCCUCCUUCCACCCAGCGAAGAGCUUCCUCAGCCACUCAAUGUGUUCCUCCCUCUUCAUUAUGCGCGCGGUAGCCUCAUCGUUGAGCUGGAUCCACCUCUGCACCGCUCCCGUCGCCGCCUCGGCCACGACUUGCAAGUUCCUCGUAACCCCGGCGCCAAGGCGGGUUCUCAUCUUCCUCGGUCCAUUGCUGCGCGGCUUUCCGCACGAUCGGACACAGCGGGUCUCGCUUUAG